AUGGCAGAUCAGUGUACCAUGCGCCUGAUGCGGGAGUUGAGCGCGCUCGAGAGAAGUGAUCAACUGGGUGAGCCAAAUUCCGAUAACCCACAUCAUGAGGUGUCCUUGAGCGCGCCGCUAAUCGUGACAGCGAUGACCGUGCACUAUAAAGAAGAGAAUGUCCGUGAGAUCAGCGCCUUGCUUCUCGGCCCCCCAGGCACACCAUACGCCCUUGGUUUCUACGAGUUCACAUUUUCGGUUCCCAGCGACUACCCUGCAAGUCCACCCACAGUUCUUAUCAGGACCACAAACCAGGGCAAAACUCGUUUUGGCCCAAACCUUUAUGCCAUGGGCAAAGUCUGUCUCUCGAUAUUAGGAACAUGGCAUGCAUCCCAUGGCGAAGAGUGGUCUGCGGCCCAGGGGCUAGAAUCGGUGUUGUUAUCCAUCCAAAGCCUGCUGUCCGCCACGCCCUAUUUCAACGAACCGGGCUAUGAGGAUCACAAUAAGGAGUCUGACAGACAAUAUAUCGAGCUGUACAAUUCCAAAAUCAGGCAUGAGAAUCUCAGACUCGCAGUCAUCCAGCCACUGGAGGAAGCGCUUGGCUUAAUAGCGCCAAAGUCAAUGUCUUAUUGUCACAGGCUCAAACACUCGCAAAUGGCCAAGUCCAAGACCCUCGAGACACCAGAGGGCUCCGAGAGUGAAAGACAGCCCGGUCACCAUGCAAAAAUCACGGAGACAGGCCCGUUUGAUGAUUUUCGCAAGCAGCGAUUUCUGUGGUACCUAGAACAGUAUGAAGAGGCUGUUCAGUACGGCGUUGAAAAGGAGGCUAGCAGACAUGGAACGAGAUUCCCUUGCGUGUCCUUCGAAUCUGGAGGCAACGCGAUGAACGGUGAAUGGAACUACCCAGAUCUUCAAAAGCGAAUGAAUGUGCUCGAAACCAAGAUCCUGGAAGAGACUUAUGCAUGGCCAGCGGAGGGCAAGAGGCUUGCUGAAGAGGAUGCGGGCAUCGCCGUGAGCUUGCGCGCACAGCAUGAGCAGAUUGUGUCAGGACUUGCGCGGCGCGCGGACUCCAUCGUGGAUCUGACUUUGGAGCAUGAUAACCCAUUUCUGUGGAAACUUGUCUACUUCGGCCGUCCUAUGACUCAAUACGACGGCGGUAUCCUCAAAAUCAAGAUCUACAUCAGUCCUCGUCACCCCGAUGAGCAGCCACGAGUGUUUGUCGAAACACCUCUCUUCCACGUGCGCGUUUCCACCCGGAACGUGUUGAUCUAUCUCCCCGCACGAGCCGAGGAGAUGAACCGUCAUAUCGAUGGCAUAAUCAGUUCAAUAGAAGAAGAUUCUCCGCCCUACAACCCGUUGAUGACUGUCAAUCAAGAAGCAACGAAGCUGUUCUGGGGCUCGAAGGACGAGCAGAAGCGGUAUCACCGCAAGCUGCGUCGCUCUGUUGAAGAGAGUGUUGCGUAA